AUGGUGGUGAUGCAUCACUUCCUAUCUCUCCCACUCGCCCUGAGCGUAUGGGCCACCAAGCUGAACCCCUUCCCCAAGAAUCACACGGCAGCCGUUGUUCCUCAGACGGAGCAGGCCACCUUUGUCCUGCAGGACAUCAGGAACGAGCUUCGAACUCAGCUCCCCAAGCGAUGGCGCGUCGACACGCCGUUCCUCUCCACGGAUGACAUUGUGCCCUAUGCUCCAGAGUGCCUCUCGAACAGGCUGAUUUUCACGCGUGAGCGCAUAACGGUCGACCUUGUUGUGAAUGAGGAUAAGGCGGAAGUCAUCGCCGGGUCUAGCUACAUCACUGCAAACAGCACGGCGUCGAAUCCAAGGACGGACCCGUCCCUCUCAGGAUGGACGUUUAGCAAAGGCACCGCCCUCGAAGCCUCGGCGUUGAUUGGGGGCAUAUUCAAGGCGAUGGACAUUUCGCCGACCUUUCCGGGUCCCCAUUCGGGCACCAACGAUGACAAGCCGCGGGACAAGCAUACAAGGUCGGUGUCAACCGCCUUUUGGUGUCCUGCGUAUCACGCCUGCUCUGUCCAGACGUGGACGUACUUCGUAACGAUUCAAGGACAGUGCAGCGUGAUACCCAUAUACCAUCCCAACUGCGUCAACGAGGCGGUCCGCCGAGCGUCCCUGUCCUGGGGCACCACCGUCAAGGCGCCGAUACACGAAAUCAUGCGGAAGAAACAGCCCGUCGCGCUUGCGGCACUCAGAGGCAAUAUACACAGCUGGGACCGGGCAGGGACCCUCUACUACAGCAUCUCCAGGAAGGAUGGCUCCCCUGUUGGCCUGACCACUCCGCUGUACGCGCACGACGGAGUCUGGCACCCGUCGAGGGAACACGAUGUUCGGUACAGGUUUGACGCACCGUGCAAUUACACCGCGCUGGUGAAGACUCGCAAUGGGCAUGUAAUGAGCAACCAGUGA